AUGGCUCACAACAAGCGCAGCGGAAGUCCGCUGUUCAUGGGAGAGGACUCAGAUGGGGAUAGUGCCAUCAGCAGUGUCAAGCGCAACAAGAUCAAGCCGGACACCGUGCCGACCUACUCAGACUUACCAGGUAAUUCGGCUGCUGGCGGAAGGGUCCCUCGGUACAAUGCCAUCAACGAGGAAGGCCGCCCCAACCUCGCCAUCUACCACCCCAGCUUUGCGAUUGCGGAAGGUCUCGUGACAACCGUCUGCAACGACUUCAUCGACGUCGUGAAACAGCUCAAGGAGUCCGGUUACACCGACCCAGAAGUCGAGAGUAUCUGUGACAAGUCGCUGAAGCGCUGGCGUGAGCCGCGACACACCUACCCAGACGUCGGGCCCGUCGCGUUUCUCGGCCCUGCUGGUGUCGGCAAGUCUUCUGCCUUGAACUGUAUACUCAAUCAAGAAGCAGUUGCCGUGGAGAGCGACUCCGGUACACGAGGCACCGCUUUGGUUCACGAAUACAAGGAUUCGAAGAUGGAUCAGCCGGAGCUCUACGCCGUCGAUGUCUACUACAAGCACACGAAGACCGUUGAGUCGCUUGUAGAGAGGCAUUGCAAGGCAAUUGUCGACCUUCUGAACAUGCCGGACGAGGAUCUGGCCGAUAUGGAUGCGGAGGAGCGUGUCGAAGCGAGGCAGAAGCAUGAUACUGCGUUGAACUUCUUCACGACCAUCCUCUGUGACUACGAUGAAUUUGCCAGUGCUGAUGAAGCUAGAGACUACUUUGUUGAGCAACGAUCAGAGGAUAUCGCAGAUAUCGCACGCCACAUUGUGUCGCUGAUUGCUGGUGCUCUCGAAGCACAAGGUAUCACGAGAAACGGAAACGUUCAAAGCUUCACUGCGCAAGAUGAAGCCGAGCUCAACGUUGUCUUCCAGCGUAUUGCCGGGCAUUCGGGAUCCACGUCUAGCGGCAACAGCAACCCAUCAUUGUGGCCUCUGAUCAGUACUGUGUCGGUGCACCAAGACAAAGACUUGCUGAACGCUGGCGUUGUGCUUGCGGACACUCCGGGCGUAACAGACACCAACAGGUCCGUUGUGGAAGCUACCCGUAGCUAUCUUCGGCGCGCUGGAACCAUUAUGGUCUUUGCUCAGCCUUCUCGCAUCGUGCAAAACCCAGAUCUGGACGCUAAUCUGCGCGAGUGCAUCAGUCUCGGCAAGAUGGAGAAGUCCUUCCUUAUAGUUACGAUGAUAGAUCAGAAAAGCUCUCUGAAGGAAGCGGAAAAGCAGGCUCUUCCGGUCACAGACAAAGAGAUGCUACUAGCGGCAGAGCAGAAGGUACAGAAGAUCAAGCAAGACAUCGUCGACGCAUCACAAGAAAAGAACUCUACGAAGGACUUCCAACAGUACCGCGCCAUUGACAAGCGUCUGCGUGAUCUAGAGAUCGAAGAGAUCACAGCACACAAGAAGGUCAAGCAGGUCGUUAUCGAGAUCCGAAACCGCAACAUAAAGAGAGAGCUAAAGGACAAGUUCAGACAGCUUUCCGGCUCGAAGAGGGCGCCCGAUCUCAAGGUGUUCUGCGUUUCGCACUCAGAAUACCAGAAGCAUGUCGUAGGCUACGAUAUCAAGGAUCCACCCACACUCGAUGUCACGGGCACCGGUGUCCCGGCUGUACGUCGAAUGCUGUACAGCGUCCCGGCUUACGGCAAGCUCAACGCGCUCGAGAAAAUCUCUACCACUCGUCUCCCACACGUCUUUAAUGGGAUCUGCGGCAUCCUCAGCAAAGAUCGUCUGGCGCGGAAGGGUGAUGUGGAGAUGGUCAUCGCUAAGGUUUUUGAGAGCAACGAAAGUGUCCUGCGCGGAACCAUAGAUAGUAUCAAGGUCGCGUUUUACGAGCGCAUCCUGACAUUGUUCCGUAAUAAUGAUCAGAAGUGGAAAGAGAAGGCAGUCAACUGGCUUGAUAACUGGGCCAACAUCAAUGGCGGGACCUUCACCGCCUUCUGCCGCAGAUCAGGACAUUGGAAGGUGCCAGGGAACAAGACGAAGACGCACUGGAACCACGAAAUCUUGGCCUUGUUCUCUCGUCAAGUGAUGAGCGGCUACAACGCUCUCGAAGACGACGUCGAAGGCAUCCAGACAAGUACGUUUGAGAACGUCAGCGAAAUUUACACCAGACUGAAGAGCAAGCUAGAAGCGUGUGAUGCAUUCCAGGGGAUUGACGAAAAGCCUUUCUUCAAGUACAUUGACGAGGCUUGCGAUAUCGUCAAUGCUAACCUUGCUAAGCAAUUCAAGGAGCUUAUGGUCGCUAUCAACCAGAUUCGUUUCGCUUCCACACUUCCAAACGAAGAGUCCUACACAGCUUUGCAAAUGCAGUCUACCUACGAAGAGUGCCUCAAAGUCGGCUCGACCAACUAUGCCGCUGUCAAUGUCCGUAACAAGCAAGGCAAGAUCCGCAAGCGCAAUGGGGCUUCAGCUGCUAGGGUGGAAACUAUCCGCCGCAGGCUCACCGGCGAAGGCGACACAAUUAGCAUCUUUGCAGCUGUCGCACAGCAGGCGCUUGAGGUACUGGAAGCAGACCUGGGGACGUAUGCGGCGAAGUGUCAGAAUGUCAUCAACAGCGGCGCAGGUGCGGUGCAAAGAGACUUCGACAGGCGAUUUCAGAUGCCCGAGGCGAAGGCCGAAAAGAAUGAGGAAGCGGUGAGAAGGCUGCAGCAGGCUGCAAUGGAGGCACUUGCAGUAAUCGAGGGUCCCUUGAAGGAGCACUUGGUGCUUGCGAAAGCUUACGAAGAGGAAGAUGCCUACAAGAGUGCAUAGGAA